UUGCAGGCUGAGCUGAAGGGAGGAGGAGUUUGGGAGAGAAGUUUGUGUAAGACAAAACCUUGGUAUUCUUUCAUGUAGCCCCCACAACAAGUACAAGAGCUGCUUUGACCAAACAGCCUGUUAUGGAAAUCCCUGCCAUAAAUCUAAAGGCCAUAGUACUGGUGCACUGGCUGCUUACAACAUGGGGAUGUAUGGUUGUGUGGCUGCCCCUCUCCUUUGCUUGGGGGAACUUCAGCGUUUUAGCCGUUGGGGUCUGGGCCAUUGCACAGAGGGACUCGAUUGAUGCUGUGCUUAUGUUUCUGAUCGGGAUGGUUGUGACAAUUUUGACCGACAUUAUCCAUUUUGGGAUCUAUUACCCGCAAAUUGAUUUAACAACUACCAGAAGGGACUUGUAUCGCUUCAGCGCAGGAAUGGCCAUCCUCAGCCUGCUGCUUAAACCUGUGUCCUGCUUCUUCGUCUACCAAAUGUACCGUGAACGUGGAGGAGAUUAUAACGUUAACUUUGGUUUCCCCUCUGUAUCACGGAACAGAGAUGCCUACCAGUCCAUUGACCAGGAGAAUGAGUCUUCCAGCCCAGCCAAUCCCUUCAACCAGGCCCAGGACAGCAAACCAGGAGUCCGCACAUACUGAGAGAACCAGGUGGUGAACAAUGCAGUGCUUUCCUCUGACUUUUUAUAGUGUUUAGGUGCAAUUUUUACAAUCGUUUCCACAUCGGUUCCUGUGUUUUGUACAGUAAUCCUGCUUCAGAUUGCAACAUAUUGAAUACUUUUUAUUAAGAUAAAUCAUUAGCUCUGUUAGGGUUUUAUAGUGGAAUAUGGCAUAAUUAAACCUAUUAAUUUUUUUCUUCAAAGGUGGUAACGUAUUUUGCUAAGCUGGCACAAUAAUAAGAAUACAGAGGAAACACUGCUCCACCACUUCCAUGCUGUGUUACUGUUGUUUCCUAUUUUUGGUAGAGAGGUGUUGAAUGGAACUGUUGUGUCUGCAGCAUUUUUGUCAGUUUACUUUUUCCAAGUGGGUCAAUUUUAUAAAUGUGGCACUUAUAGACAUUAAGAGUCUUGUCCGUUUCUCUUUGUGAUCUGUAGAUUAUUAUGUUCUCCUUGUGUGCAGUAUUUAAUUAUUAUUUUCCAACUAGUCCUUGCUUUAUGGCACUGCAACGCUGGACAGUUUUUAAAACAAGAGAACUGAAAUGAAUGUUCAUUGUCGUGUCGUUUUCAGGAACAAGAGCUGUAAAACCCUUUGACUGAGUUGAAGACAUGAUGACCAAAUUAACAUACAGGCUUUCAUAGUACAGUGCAGCACACAGACAGGCACUGUUCUUUUAUCUUGAUGUUGAUCUAUGCAAAGACUGUAUUAGGAGUAUUAUCACGUCUAAUGCUGUAACAAUGAAAAAUAGAUUAAAACUUAAAAACUUUUGUAAUGAGUAAGUAAUGAUCAGUCUGUGCAUAAGCAAAGCGACAUUUUCUUAUUUAAAACUAUUUUAAUGUAUUAUUCUUAUGUAGUUGUCAUAAGUAAACUUGUUUCAGUAAAUUACAGACCACAUACUGUGCAGCCUGUGAUAGCUGUUGAUCUGUUAGAAUAUGUCUUUACUGUAUACGGACUGUAUUCACAAAAGUUAAAUGAAGAGUUUUAAGCCUUGAAAUGUUUACAUUUAAUAUUUGUAGCAUUAAAUUUGCCUAUUUGCCUUAACAUCAACUCUCAGUUUUAGUGUGCAAAUUACAUAAUGUUGAUGGCAGUUAGGAAGGUGGACACUGUGGCUGCAGGAUUGAUUUUACUGAGCGGUUGGAUCAUUUGGAUUUGUUUUUACAGUCAGUUCUCUUUUGAAAGUGUUUCAAGCUUUGAGUUCCUGUUUUGAAAUCAUGAUAACCUAUGUGACAGACUGGAGAUGUGGAUGUCGGUCACGGAAUGGUACUGUGAAAUUGUCACUGCUGUAGUACCGGAGGCUCUUGAGUCAUACAGAUCAUAAUAAGUAAUAAUAAUAAGUGCAUAUUAAUGUAUAUUUGCUUAUUUGCAUAUCUCAUGUAAUUAUACCUUAACUCAGUUAAUCCAACUGUACGCUAGUGAGCCUAAGAACCCCUUACUACAACACUGCAUUACCACAUGAUCCACUUGUAUUGCAACUGCAGUUUGUUGCACUUUUUAUGACGUUAGAAAAUAAAUUUUAGAAAAUCAACAAGCAUCUAUAAAAAAAAAAAAUUUGAAAAAAAUGAAAAUACUGCAGCUUCAAAUUUGGGCCAGGUUUUUCCUAAUGUUCUUUUUAUGACUGGUCAUAUUUUGUUUUGGUAUUCCAACAUGAGAGUGCUCGUUGUUGUUUCUGAUUGGACAUUUUAUGUGGCAAGUGUCUGUAUUAUUUCUUCUUAAAAUAAAGAAGAACAAGGUAGAA